CGCGCCCCCGCGCCUUUAGUGUAGUGCGCGACUUGGACGUGAUCACACUAGCCCCGCGAGAGGCCACACCUGUUCCUGGAGGUGGUCGAGGAGUGCAGGAGUGAGGAGCAAGCCUUCGAGUGUGCGUGUGUUCAAGUGUGCUCAGCGCCUUCUAGUGCCGCGAAGACCCUGCCGACGAUCCGCGCUGUGGAAGCAGUGUGACGUAGUGUGACGGAGUGUGACGACCGGGACGCCGCCAACAUGGCCCUGUCCGUGCUGCGCUUCGGCACGGGGCUCCGCGCGGUGCAGGGCGCGGUGCGCCGGGUGUGCCUGCCCGUGACGACCGCCGCGACCCGCGACCCCGCCGUCGGCGCGCCGACGACGCAGCCCCUCCUGCUGUGCCCCGCCGAGGCCCUGCCGCAGCCCUUCGCCGGCGCCGCCGUGCGCCUCUACAGCAAGGGCAUCCCGGAGCAGGGCCGCGCCAAGGUGGACAACGAGUCGGACUCGGACUCGGACUCGGACGACGAGGGGCCCAAGAGACAACGCGGAGAGAGCGAGUUCUGGCGCCGCAAGAUGCGCACCCUGCACGGCCUGCUGGACCUCAACAAGGAUGGCGUCAUCUCGUACGACGACUACAAGCUGCUCGCCGACCGCUUCGUGGACCUGGGCCACCUCACGCCGCAGGACACCCAGGACUUCCACAAGUCCAUCAAGGAGAUGUGGGAGGAGCAGUGGGGCAGCCUGGACCCCUACAACCUGGUGACGACGGAGCAGUACCUCACCGAGAUGCAGCACAUGAUGAACGACAAGUCCCUCAAGAAGAAGGCCCACCGCUUCUUGCCCUUCCUGUUCAAGGCCGUGGACAAGGACAAGAGCGGCGAGAUCUCGGUGGAGGAAUUCAAAAUCUUCUUCAAGUGUCUCGGCCUCACAGAACAGGACGCCACCAACGCGUUCAACGUCAUCGACGUCAACACAGACGGCCGCCUGAGCUGCAAGGAGUUCGUCAAGCUGGGCAGGGACUUCUUCGUCACGGAGGACGCCAGGAGGCCCAGCAAGAUGUUCUGGGGCCCCCUGGUGCCCUGAGUCCACUUUGCUGCUACAACCAGACUGCUAUCCAUUGUGUUUGUAGUUGUUGUCGUAUGUGUGUGCGUGCGUGUGCGUGAGUGAGCGUAUGUGUGUGCGUGUGUGUGUGUGUGUGUGUGUGCGGGCGCGCGUGUGAUGUGUUAGCGUUCGACUGAUAUUUGCCGCGGAGACUAUUAUUUUGUUAAAAAUGCUAUGCUGCACUUACUUCUUGUGAUACUGUGACGACUCGAUGUACCAAGGGGCUCGAGGAGAGCGGCCACCACCGCUUAGAAUUUGAAUGGAUCUAUGUAAAAGGAAUCUCAUCGGGCUAAAACUGUGCAGGCAACUUCCUUCGCGAGUUUUGCGACUUUCCAGCUUGCGAAAGGCGAGAACCCUCUGCACGAGCAUGCUAUUGUCCCGUAAUAUAAUUUAUAAGUAAUAUGGUAGGGCCCAGCAACCCAUAAAGACUCAGGAAGUACUCUUCUGUGGUUCUCAAGCGUUCCCCUUAGUCCGGGAACAUGGACUGUGCCAGUACAAAGGCACCAAAACAUCACUUGUGAUCUGGCGGGAAAACUAUCCGACAUCAAAUCGAUGCGAUUCGUGUUUGUGAUAUUUGUCUAGAAUGUAAAUAAAAUAUUUUUUUUAUCAAAGUCA